UAGCUAUCGGAUUGAAUAAUAAAUGACUAACCAAAAAAUGUCGACGAAUGGCUAUUUUCCGCCAUGGUGUUAGGAUGAGAAAUAAAAAUUUUUUUUUAUGCUGCGGGUGUGUGCUGUAAAGACAGCUGUUAAAACACACCGGUCGUAGCAAAUAGCAUAUUGUGGCAAUACUCGAACAACAACACCAACAACUGCAGUUGCUGUGCACACACACACGGGCUCGCACACACGUGUACUAUAGCAACUGCGCCAGAGAAACAAAAUAUGUUAUAAUCAUUAUUAUUUUAUUUUAUUUUCACGUUCAGUUUAUAUUAGUUUAGGCUUGUGCCGAUCGUUUACAUAAUAUGACAGUUGACAAACGUUAUCCGUCGUAUACCACCGUCCUCCGGUCAUAGUGUCAUUAUGUAUUAUGAUAUUAAUAUAAUAUUGGAAUAAACACCAAAAAAAAAAACCAUUAUCGUUUCCAACACGUCCGGUUUGACCGUGGUCAUGAUGAGCCGCACUUGGCGUCGUCUGUCAUAUUACUAUUAUUGUUGUUAUUAUAUUUUAAAUUAGUCGAAAUAUCUUUUAAACCGGCGCUUAUGAUAGUGUAAUGUACCGAAUUAUAUAUUUAAAGAGGCGCAAAACCUUAACGAUGGCGGCUUGUAUGAUCGUCACCGUCGUUUUUCUGCUGUUUGUAAUGAGAAGCUUGAACAACGCCACGGCCGACGACCAGACAACCGACAAGGUACCGCACACGGGAAAAUAUUAUACUUGCGUGAACGACACGUGUGUAUUGACCAAAUUUCCGUUGUCCGAACAAAUAAACGGCGAACCAAACGGAUCGAUAGACGUUUGCCGCAUGACAUGUGGACCCUAUGGAGCACUAUGGCCCCGGCCGACAAUUAAGACGGCCAUCAAAAAAUCUAUUAUCGAAUUCGGAUUGGAGAAUGUACAAUUUAACUUGUCCUCCGUGGCCGACGAUCUCGGCAAACAGUACUUGACCGAAGCUUCCGAGGUGUUUUUAAAUUCGCUAAAAGCCCUCUGCAAGCCUCGGUGCGCUCCUUACGCCAACAACCCUACCGUUUACAUAAGCACCACCACCCCUUUCGAUUACCUCAAGUGGACAACCAACGAACGGUACGCGUUGAGCAUCGUCACAGAAGGCAAUAAGAUUACGGUCAAAAUUACCGCACAAACGGUGUACGGUGCCCGACAUGGAUUGGAAACACUGCGGCAACUGAUAGCCACAUACGGCACGCUGGAGUACGGCAAGAACUUGGUGAUGGCCUCGGACGUUUCCAUAAGUGACCAACCGGCGUACGCUCACCGAGGUUUUAUGCUGGACACUGCCAGACAUUACUUCCCUAUUUCGGCUAUAAAAAGGACCAUUGACGGUAUGGGUCAUUCCAAACUCAACGUAUUCCAUUGGCAUGCCACCGACACCCACAGUUUCCCACUGGACUUGCCCAGCGUGCCGUUAAUGUUCAAGUACGGCGCUUACAGUGCAGAACAGAAAUAUUCCUACGACGACAUCAAAGACCUACUCAGGUACGCCCUGGUGAGAGGCGUACGGGUAAUAAUGGAAAUCGAUUCGCCGGCACAUGCGGGAAACGGGUGGCAAUGGGGUAAAUCCGAGGGUUACGGAGACUUAGCCGUUUGUGUCGACAAAGACCCUUGGAGACAAUACUGCGUACAACCGCCUUGUGGUCAGCUCAAUCCGAUCAACAGCAACACGUACAAAUGGCUCGGAAAACUCUACAAAGACUUGGUCAGCCUGUUUCCCAAAGGCGAGGCGUUCCACAUGGGUGGCGACGAAGUCGCCAUCAAUUGUUGGAACACCACUCUGGAAAUCGUCCAGUGGAUGAAAAAGAACAAAAACAAUUUGAGCGAAGAAGCGUUUGCCGAACUAUGGGCCGAAUUCCACGCUAAAGCGUUAAACGCUUACGACAGCGAAGUCGGAGACGCCAAUUCUGACAUUAUAGUCUGGUCAAGCGGAUUGACCGAGCCGGAAAUCAUACAAAAACAUCUGGACAAAAACCGGUUUGUCGUGGAAAUCUGGGAAGACCCGACGAGUCCAGCCAAGUUGACCGAACUGGGGUACAAAGUUAUAGUAGCGAUGAAAGACGUGUACUACUUAGACCACGGAUUUUGGUCGCCGACAAACUACCACACGUGGAAAUUGAUUUACAACACGAAAAUGCCGGUGGCGAACAAAACGAAUUUGAUUUUGGGGGCAGAGACCUGCAUGUGGUCCGAGUACGUGGACGAACUGGGUCUGGACUUAAAAGUCUGGCCCAGAACCGCAGCCCUGGCAGAAAGACUGUGGGCGAAUCCGUCAACGAGAUCUCAAGCUGCUGAAUACAGAAUGCAACAACACAGAGAGCGACUCAUUACUCUCGGGAUCAAGCCAGAUGCCAUCAUGCCAGAAUGGUGUUACGACCGCGAAGGCGAAUGCAAACUGGAAUAACAAUAGUGUCAACGAUGUCCACUAACGUUGGAUCGAGCUCCGCCGAUGCCGAUGAGGAGUCCCAUCUUGGAACAGUCGUUUUUGAUGCGAGAAAUAGCUCUGGAGCUCAAAGGACUGGUGGGAAUUCCCGUGUCGCUCUCGUCGUGUUUUUUGUCCACCAACUCCACCCCGAUCAUCAGCCCUUUGCCCCGCACGUCGCCGAUCACCGACCAUUCGCGCCUCAUGCCGCACAGUUUCUCUAUAAAGUACGUGCCCACUUCCAGACUGUUCUGUUGCAUCUUCUCG